AUGGCGCGCGCGGCGGGCCCCGAGCGGCGGGUCCUGGCCAUCUACACGGGGGGCACCAUCGGGAUGCGGAGCCAGCGCGGCGUGCUGGUCCCGGGGCGGGGCCUGGCCGCCGUCCUGAGGACACUGCCCAUGUUCCACGACGAGGAGCAUGCCCGGGCCCGCGGCCUCCCCGAGGACACCCUGGUGCUGCCGCCCGCCAGUCCCGACCAGAGGAUCAUCUACACGGUGCUGGAGUGCCAGCCCCUCUUCGACUCCAGCGACAUGACCAUCACGGAGUGGGUGCAGAUUGCCCAGACCAUUGAGACACACUACGAGCAGUUCCACGGCUUCGUGGUCGUCCACGGCACCGACACCAUGGCCUUCGCGGCCGCCGCGCUCGCCUUCGCGCUGGAGAACCUGCAGAAGACGGUGGUGCUCACGGGCGCCCAGGUGCCCAUCCACGCCCUGUGGAGCGACGGCCGCGAGAACCUGCUGGGGGCCCUGCUCAUGGCCGGCCAGUACGUGAUCCCCGAGGUCUGCCUGUUCUUCCAGAACCAGCUGUUUCGGGGCACACGGGUGACCAAGGUGGAUGCCCGCAAGUUCGCCGCCUUCUGCUCCCCCAACCUGCCGCCGCUGGCUGUGCUGGGCGCUGACGUCACAAUCAACCGGGAGCUGGUGAGGAAGGCCCGCGGGGAGGCCCGGCUGGCGGUGCACAGCGGCAUGGAGCGCGACGUGGGCCUGCUGCGCCUCUACCCCGGGAUCCCCGCCACCCUGGUCCGGGCCUUCCUGCAGCCGCCCCUGAAGGGGGUGGUCAUGGAGACCUUCGGCUCCGGGAACGGGCCCACCAAGCCCGACCUGCUGCGGGAGCUGCGGGCGGCGGCCGCGCGGGGCCUGCUCAUCCUCAACUGCACCCACUGCCUGCAGGGCACCGUGACCUCGGACUACGCGGCGGGCAUGGCCGCGGCGGGAGCUGGCAUCAUCUCGGGCUUCGACAUGACGUCCGAGGCCGCCCUGGCCAAGCUGUCCUAUGUGCUGGGCCAGCCCGGGCUGAGCCUGGAUGACAGGAAGGAGCUGCUGGCCAGGGACCUCCGGGGAGAGAUGACGCUGCCCGAGGCGGACACGUGCCGGCCCGCCCCUCAGAGCAGCCUGGGACUCGGGGUGGCCCAGCUCCUCAGCCUCAGCCAGGAGAUGGAUGCCGUGCGAGACGCCCUGACCCCCAGCCUGGCCUGCGCCGCGGCCCACGCCGGUGACCUGGAGGCCCUGCAGGCCCUGGCAGAGCGGGGCGGUGACCUGAGCCUGGAGGACUUUGAGGGUCGAACUCCGUUGCACGCGGCCGCCCGGAGGGGCCACGCCGCGGUGGUGAGCCUGCUGCUGCGGAGCGGGGCGGCCGUGAACGCCCGGGACCACGAGGGCCUCAGCCCCUUGCUGCUGGCCGUGAGGGGCAGGCACCAGGGCACCAUCGGGCUCCUGCGGGCGGCGGGGGCCCGCCUGUCGGCCCGGGAGCUGGAGGACGCGGGGACGGAGCUGUGCAGGCUGGCCUCCCGGGCGGACGGUGACGGCCUGCGGGCCUGGUGGCAGGCAGGGGCCGACCUGGGGCAGCCGGGCUACGAUGGGCGCAGCGCCCUGCUCGUGGCAGAAGCUGCUGGGAACCUGGAGGUGGUGACUCUCCUGCAGAGUCUCCAGGGUGCGGCCGGGGCCCCGGCCCCGGGGCCGGAAGUGCUGCCUGGUAUCUAGCCCGAAUCCGUCUGCUGCCGCAUCAGCCAUCCCUUCCUGUGACCUGCAGGAGGGGUCGCCGGCACCCCGCCCCGUGGCUCUGACUGAUGUGACCCCGCUGCCCGGACUCUGUCCGUCCUGUUCCCGAGACCGGCCUCGUGUCUGUGUUGGGUGGUGUGACAAUAAAGUCUCAGGGACACUCCC